AUGUCAUUAUUAUCUAGAUUUACAUCCAUUUUUAGUUCAAGUCAAACAACGCAAGCAUCAAGCACUCCUAUUAACCAACAAUUACAAGAGAUAUUGACUUAAAUAAUUAAUUCUAAUGGCAAGUUGGAUCUGAAGCAAAAGGGCCAAGUCUUGGCAUAAUUUUUACUAGAUAGAGAUGUUGGAGAACAUAUUGAAUUUCUCUUUUAAUUCUUAGAAACUAGGUCUAAAGAUCUUUCAGGUGUUCAAGUAGUAAACUUAUUGGCAGCUAUACAUUAACAAUUUUAAUAUAAUGAAUUAAUUUAAGAAGUGGCAAUCAAGUUAAGAGAAACAAAAAUGUCUUGGGUGUAAUUAGAAAAACAGGAAUGGUAUUCUACAUAAACAGAGCCUGACUAAUAGAAGAAUUAGUAAACUUAAAAGAUUUUGACUGAAUUUGAGGAUAAAGCUUAACCAGCUAGAAUCUACGCUUAAUUGUGUUACGUCUAUUUAUAAAAGUUGGCUGCAAAUGUAGAUCUUUAUAGGUCAGUUAUCAAAUUAAAUUACCCUUAUAUAACAGAAAAAGAUUAUAUUGAAGCAAAACUUAUAUUCUUAUGGCAUUAUAAAAUACAAAAUCUGAUAAACUCAGGAUCGAUAUUGAUUUAAUUUAAUCCAAAUUUAAUAGAUAUAUAAGUAGCAUUGUAUUUUGAUGUUUGGAGAUUUCAAAAGUUUAUUUGUACUGAAAUUGAAAAAAUCAUUGAUUAAUACGCUACUCUUCCUAAUAGCGAUACUUUAAGUCUUUAUGAGAUUUAUUGUGAAAGUUAGAGACAUUAUGAACAUCUGAAUCAAUUUCAUUAAUUUACUUAAUCUAUAACAUAGCCUCCUCCUUAGUGUUAAAUCAAUAAUACACUUCUUUAAGAAUUCUUUGCAUUUGUAACCAAGUUAAAAGUGUUAAAUCAAUUCAAUUUCAAAAAGUCCAUAAAAGUUCCUAACAAAUAGGAUCCCAUGAUGGGUAUACCAACUAAAAAUCCAAAUGUUCUCAACAUUAGGAGAUCAAGUUAACAAUUAGAUGAUUAAUAGAGCAAUGGAUCUGAAAAAGAGGAAGAGGAUUUUGCAAAUAAUAAAAAAUUUAGAUCUGAUCAUAAUAGAGUGUAAAGUACAUUUUAAUAUGCCUAAAAAUGA